CAGAAAAGACGACGUAAACAAAGCGGGCAGAGCCAUAAACCAGCUAAGUAGCUAAAGCUUCGUGAGCGAUACCUGUUUAUUUAUUUAUGACAACAUAUUAUAGUUCACAGCUUUUUUUUUAUAAAUAUUCCGGACAGUAACUUGACGUGUGGCCUGUUGUGUGCUGAAAACCAAACGAGUUAAGGGGUUGCCGUCACCGCUAGGCUAACUAGAUAAGCUAACACAUCAGAUAACGGGACACGUAUUGGGCUUUUUUUUUUUUGGAAAAUUGAUGUCAACUCAAAUAACGUGUGUGCAUAUAACAUUCAACAGGCGCUCCAAUAGUUAGUUUUAAAAGCUGGCAAUGCUGUCAGGUGUUUGUGUUGCCAUGUAGCUGUAGUUAAGUUGGGGGAAAUCGGCUAGUUGUCGCCACUAAUCAGGGCUGGAAAGUGUUGAGACGCUUCUGGCUAGAUGAACACUUGAGUGAAGUCAUCUCUCCUCUCUCGGAUUGCGAUGUUUAGCCUGAUGGCGAACUGCUGUAAUUGGCUGAAACGCUGGCGAGAGCCUGCAAGGAAAGUGACUCUGGUGAUGGUGGGACUGGAUAACGCAGGGAAGACCGCCACAGUACGAGGAAUCCAAGGAGAUAAUCCCCAGGACGUGGCCCCAACAGUCGGUUUUUCCAAGGUGGACCUGAAGCAGGGCAAGUUCGAGGUGACCAUCUUCGACCUGGGCGGUGGGAAGAGAAUCCGCGGCAUCUGGAAGAACUACUACUCGGAGUCGCACGGCGUGGUGUUUGUGGUGGACUCCAGCGAUGUGCAGCGGAUCCAGGAGACGCGGGAGACAAUGGCCGAGGUCCUUCAGCAUCCGCGCAUCGCUGGCAAACCAGUGCUAGUGCUCGCCAACAAACAAGACCAGGAGGGAGCGCUGGCUGAAGCAGACAUCAUCGAGAACCUGUCGUUAGAGAAGCUUGUUAACGAGAACAAGUGUCUCUGUCAGAUCGAGCCGUGCUCUGCAGUGCUUGGCUACGGCAAGAAGGUCGACAAGUCCAUCAAGAAGGGCCUGAACUGGCUCCUCAGCAACAUUGCCAAAGACUACGAGGCCAUUACUGAGCGCGUGCAGAAGGACACGGCCGAGCAGCAGGCUCAGGAGGAGCAGGACAAGAAGGAGAGGGCGGAGAGAGUGCGGCGGAUACGAGAGGAGAGAGAGAGGCAGGAGAGGGAAGAGGCAGAACGGGAGGGCAGGCAGAUCCAGGAAGAGGAGCCCGACGACGACAACAUGCCAAGCCCCUUCCAGCCAAUCGGAAACGUCGUAUCCGAGAACGAGGAUAAAGAAAAGGAGAGAAAGAGGCAAAAAGAGCCGCAGGAGGGCCGGACCAACAGCUCGAAGGCUGAUGCUGAUCAAGAGGAAGAGGAGUACGAGGAGGACAACGACGAAGAGCCAGAUGACACGAGACAAACGCCAGAGAAUGCCAGCUCAGGCACAACAGGCGAGCAAAGCAAGAAGAAAACGAGGAAGCUGCACCUGAAGAGGAAGCACCGGGUGGACCCGCUGAGGACAGAGGACGCACCAGCAGAGAGCCCCACCCCUCCUCCCCCUCCAGUCGGAUGGGCCACACCCAAAGCUUCUAGGCUGCCAAAACUCGAGCCACUCGGGGACUCGAAACAUUCUGACUUUUUCAAGAAGCCGCUGCCGCCUGUCGCGAAUAGGCCGCGGCCUAACGGCGACACUCACGACAUCAUUCUUUAACCUCGUUUACUGAUUGAGGUCCUUCAAUCACGGCUCUCCCCUUUUUUUGCUUUCUGUCUCAAGCGAGCGGUGUGUAGACAACCAAACACACACAAAGACACCGCAGCGGAGACGGGGGGUACGGCAGCCCGCAAGCGUGGCGAGCGUGACUGAGGAGCAACAUGGGAAACGAAGUCCUUGCUCAGAGGCCGUAAUACUGUACAGUUUCACAGACUGACACAGUUCAGUGUGAAACAUGGAGCCUGCCUGAACAGUCUGUCAGGUUCUGUCUUCACUUGACAAAAAAAAAGCCCAUUUAGUGCUGAACUGUUUCUGCUACUGUAGGCUGAAACUUUGUGUUUUUUUGUUGUUGUUGUUUUGUUAAUAUCAGUGUUAGUCAAUUGUGUCCACCUGCUUUUAAUUGACAAAGAAUGUAAAUAUGUUCAGUAUAUAAUAACCUCAUAUAUGUGUAUGUUUCUGUUUCUGAAUAAUGGAUCUGUACACACACCGCCAUUAAAAUGACACCUGUAUUUUCACAUUUUCUUUUGCACCUUCAGUUUUGGAGUGUAAACAAAGGUGUAAAGCAGACAAAUAUGAUUUAUCAGGAUAUGGAUGAAGAGGUAGAGGAUUUAAGUGGCUUUUCACAGAUGAGUGCUUUAAAUUUGAUCGUUUUUUUGUGUGUGUAUGUGUUUUUUUUAAAAAGUGGAAAGCAGUUUUCCUUUUUUUUUUUUACAACAGCGGUGAGUCAUUGCUUGAAUUGUCCUCCAAGGUGAAACAGGUGAAGUGUGGGCGCACAUGAAAAACACUACAUCAUGGUUGUUAAUUGGUCAAUUUUACUAAUGCUAUGUCUUGACAUUUCACUUAUAUACUGUAAAGUUUUUAUGGCCAUGAAAAGAAAAAGAAAAAAAAGACUUUUUAA